CCCGGCGUCGUCCAGUCAAAAAGACCCCGCGCGACCUCACUACCCCCGCCUCGGCGGCUAUAUUUGGUACGAAUAUACUAAAAAAAUGGACUUUCUCGACGCUAUAAACGGCGCCGGCGACUUGGGUGGCGGGUUCGGCUCUCCCGCGAUGCCGCCGGAGCUGCAGAAGGCGAUGAAUACUUUGGAAAAUAUGGACGAGCGGCUAGGGAAACUAUCCGUACCCUUGCUGAAGCUCCAGUAUACAUGUGGGUUUAAGUCCUGUUUCCAAUCGAGUUUGGAGAGCAGUUCGUCGUGGGGAUCCACGUCAUUUCUCGGUGGAGGUUCCUCAAGCGCAGCUUUGGACCACGGCGGGCACUACCAACUGCAAAUAUGUCUGGGUCUGGAAGACUGCGAGAUUUGUCAUGCUCGGCUGGCGUGACUCUCCAGCCUGUCAUGCACGUCACCCUUAAGCCUCACUUUCCUCAUGCAGAAUGACGCAGUUUUGCUUUUGUUUCUCAUGUAGAAUAGACAACACGUAGCACGAGCUCGGCAACUUGUUAUGCUGGAGCGUCAGUUGUGGCAUUCUCAAGAUUCGCCAACCAGCAUCACAAGUGUCCAGACCCAGACAUGUUUCCAUUUGAUAGGCACAACCCACAAGCGACUCUGUCCUGCAUUGAACGCUGCGAGGCGCCUAUCAAAAGGAAAAGUCCCCCCUCCCCAUAUCAAAGCGGAAAUCUGUGAUGCAGAUUAGUGGUCACAAAUCAGCUCUGUCUUGCAGUAGUGGACUGCCGGCCCACAUCAAGCCUGAGUGCGGGAGGUUUUGGCCUAGGCGCUCAGCGUGACAAAAGUCCAUGCUGUAGGCCCAACAGCAUCACAAACCGCCGGUAUAAUGCGGGGGGCCUUCUGGGUUUGCCUUCUUGCAAGACAGACGCGAUUUGUGGCCACAAAUCAGCAUCACAAAUUCCCGAAAAUAUACCUUUUCGGUAUGGGGAGGGGGGAUUUUUCCUCUUGAUAGCGCCGAUGACAGAGUUCUCGCAGGCGUGCGAGACAAGGGUAAUUAUAGGAUUUUGGCUUCGUGUUCGUCGUGUUGGUGCUUGGUAUAUUUUUGCAUGGCAGAAAGAUUCUAUGGUGCUCAAGUUCACAUGACAAAUAAAUCCAUUAUACUAUGAAAACAGCUCGACGGCCUGAUGAACAAGGUGACGCAGUGUUUCACGAGCAACAUGGACGAGUCCGGUGCGGAGAAAUGUGUACGUGAUGCCUUGGGAGAUUCAAACCUGCGACAGGUGGAGGACUACCAAAUGCAGAUAUGUCUCGGUCCUCUGGAACCAUGCAAGAACUUGUGAUGCUUCAUUUCGAUUCUAAAAAAAAGUGUAUUGUAUGAGCGAGAAGAAGAGCUACUUUUUGCUACGUGGAGUAGGCUUUUCUCAUGCGGGAUAGGCAUCAGGAUGCCCUCAAAAAAGCUGUGAUGCUGAGGCAUGCAUCACAGACAUCCUGGGUCAUGCAAAAUGUGCAUGACAAACCUUGCAUCGUUCCAGACCCAGACAUUAUAUUUGCAUUGGAUAACGGCGCGCUGAGCCUAGAUGUUCAGAACAUCUACCAGAAAUACCAGACUGGGAUCAACUAGUAGUAGAGAGUUAAUACUCGUCAGCAUGAGUAGAACCUGCUGCCGCUGACCACUCUUUAUUUUGUCGCAAAAAUUGUUGAAAAAUGCACUUUUUGUUUUUUCUGUCUGAUUUUCUUCUUCGACACACCUAACGACUUCACGCA